CACGGUGAGGGGCUUCAUUCUCAACCCAAAGAUUCAGGCUAACGCAUCCACCCCAUUUUAGAGUCAAGGAAAAGGGGAAGGUACCAGGGCACCAGACUCCCCACAGUGUCCAUGUUUCUUCUGUCAUGUCUAUGCGUAUCUGAGCGUACUACCCACCGCAACCAACCAGCAAAUCAAGGCCGGAACUAGGAUCUAUCUAUUUACCACAGGACUGUCAGGAACGGUUUUAGACGUAAAGGUUUGUCCUAUUCGUCAUCAUGUUCUGAGAAAAAUCAUCUCAUCAUUCCAGGUUUUGAAAAUCCAACUCAAACUGAAAAACAUUUCCACGUUGAUGAACCAAGCGUCGGUCAUGUUCUGCACCUGACCAGCAGUAGCCUCUAUUCUCGGCACGGACUGUUACCACGACGGCAACUUUUAGAAGAAGUUAAACCCUCUCAUUGACUGAGUGGAGGGAAAAGCGAAAUCUUUAAUCGAAUAAAGUUUUUCCGUUUCUUCCCAUUUUUAUCUGCAUUACAAAGGCGAAACGGCGACUUCCAUUGAUUACCCGUCUUUCCUUUGCUAUCCGAUGGAUAUUCACUGCAAAGUAGACCCGUUCUCAGCGAUGCACCUCUCCCAUAUAGGGCACGGCGGUGUGAACCAGCUAGGCGGGGUGUUUGUCAACGGCAGACCCCUACCUGACGUGGUGAGGACAAGAAUCGUAGAACUCGCGCACCAAGGAGUGAGACCCUGUGACAUUUCGAGACAACUACGGGUCAGCCACGGCUGUGUCAGCAAAAUACUGGGCAGCUAUCAAAAGGAUUUUAAAAGAUACUACGAGACCGGAAGUAUAAAGCCAGGAGUUAUUGGUGGGUCCAAACCGAAAGUGGCGACUCCAAAGGUUGUGGAUAAAAUAGCGGACUACAAGCGCCAGAAUCCGACCAUGUUCGCGUGGGAAAUCAGAGACAGACUGUUAGCUGAGGGCGUCUGUGACAACGACACGGUUCCAAGCGUCUCGUCCAUUAACAGGAUAAUACGAACAAAAGUCCAGCAGCCUUUCCACCCGUCUCCAGAUGGAACAUCCCUGUCUGCCCCAGGCCACACCAUGGUACCGAGCCAGGCCUCUCCACCUGUAACAAGCCCUUCCAACGACCCUGUGGGGUCCUACUCCAUCAACGGCAUCCUGGGUAUUCCCCGGUCAAAUGGCGAGAAGAGGAAACGAGAUGAAGAUGGUUCAGAUGGGUCUGGCCCAAACACUGAUUCUCAGGUUAGUGUGGACAGUUUACGGAAGCACCUGCGGGCCGAUGCUUUCACUCAGCAGCAGCUGGAAGCUUUGGACCGGGUCUUUGAGCGCCCGUCGUACCCCGACGUCUUCCCGACCUCGGAGCACAUCAAACCAGAACAGGCCAACGAGUACUCCCACUCCCACUCCCUGUCCUCCCUGAAUCCUGGUCUGGACGGCGAGGUCAAACCCAGCCUGUCCUCCAGCAGUAACCAGAACCUGGGCCCCAGUGUCUCUGUGACGCAGAGCUACUCUGUAGGUCGAGACAUGGCCAACACAACCCUACCGGGUUAUCCCCCUCACGUUCCCCCCACCGGCCAAGGCAGCUACCCCACCUCAACACUGGCCGGAAUGGUUCCUGGGAGUGAGUUUACAGGAAACCCUUACAGUCAUCCACAGUACACGACCUACAACGAGGCAUGGCGGUUCAGCAACCCAGCAUUACUAAGUUCCCCUUAUUAUUAUAGUGCCACAUCCAGAGGUUCCGGACCACCUACUGCUGCCACGGCAUAUGACCGCCACUAGUUACCAUGGAAACCAAAUCAACCACCACCACCACUACCACCUACACCAUGACUACAACCAUGGCUUCGGCAGCGUCCAUGUUGCCCCGGUGUGAACAGAGGGCACGAGGUGAUACCGUUAAGACAGCUAACAGGCAGCUCCAUUUCCUGUAUAUCACACUACUACACACAACAGAAGAAGAACGGUCCUCCUGGAUACCACACUACUACACACAACAGAAGAAGAACGGUCCUCCUGUAUAUCACACUACUACACACAACAGAAGAAGAACGGUCCUCCUGGAUACCACACUACUACACACAACAGAAGAAGAACGGUCCUCCUGGAUACCACACCACUAGACACAACAGAAGAAGAACGGUCCUCCUGGAUACCACACUACUACACACAACAGAAAAAUCCCUGAUCGUUCGGGAUACCAUGCAGACAACUUCCCAUCAACCAUGAAUUUGGAGACCUUCAAAGUAGUGAAAAAUGUAAAAUUCUUCGUUCUGAUCUGCGUGACUGUACAUUACCACUAGAGACGUUGAAAGACUAUAUAUACACGUGAUACUACUGAGGUUACUGAGGUAAAACAAAAAUAAAUAAAUAAACAAAAAAAACUACAAGUUUUGAAAAUGAAAAGGAGGAAUUUGUAUCUUUUCCUUUUUUGUAAUGGUCCUCCGUUUGUUUUUUCCUCCUUCGUGGAUCAAAACAUUACAUUUACUUGACUGAUCUGUCUGCUGACGGAGGAACCCGUCCUGAGCUGAGUGUCCAGUACAGUAUAGUAGCAGGCUGUUGUUCCCCUUCCUUCUGCAUCGGUCUGAACCUUCUACUCUACGGGCAGUGCAAUGAGAUCAAAAGCUAAAGACGUUGGCGUCGAUGCGACUAAGGCUGCCGCAGCCUGGUUCCACCCCUCUAUUACAAACAAACGUACAGUCAUUUUUGUAACCAACCAAACGUUCAAGCAUGAUGAAAUGAAUCAGUUGCUUUUUUUUUUUGAUGAUGAUAAUGCCAGGAGCAGAUUAUAAGGCGGUGUUCUCUGUGAUACACAAUCAGACGGAGGGAAAAUGAAAAGAAAACGAGAAAACGCUGAAUUGAUAAAUGAGAAGGACAUUGUGACAUACCGUGGUCUUCUAAUUUACAAGUUUUAAAAAAAUAAUAAAAAAAACCCUAGUAAAUAUAUUCUUAAAGAUUUUUUUAUUUUGUUUUUAUAAUUGUUAUUGACAUCUUAAUGAAUUGCAAAUAAUAUGCUUGACUUUUUGUUGUUGUCAUUUUUAUUUGUCAGGAUACUAGAAAUAAUCAGGCAGAAUCUAUUUUGUAUUUGUUUUUAAUUUUGCACUAUUUUUUGAGUUUUGACACACUGGGAGCGCUAUUAUGCAGGCGUUUGAACCUGGAGGUUUGACACACUGGGAGCGCUAUUAUGCAGGCGUUUGACCUGGAGGUUUGACACACUGGGAGCGCUAUUAUGCAGGCGUUUGACCUGGAGGCUUGACACACUGGGAGCGCUAUUAUGCAGGCGUUUGACCUGGAGGCUUGACACACUGGGAGCGCUAUUAUGCAGGCGUUUGACCUGGAGGCUUGACACACUGGGAGCGCUAUUAUGCAGGCGUUUGACCUGGAGGUUUGACACACUGGGAGCGCUAUUAUGCAGGCGUUUAAACCUGGAGGUUUGACACACUGGGAGCGCUAUUAUGCAGGCGUUUGAACCUGGAGGUUUGACACACUGGGAGCGCUAUUAUGCAGGCGUUUGACCUGGAGGUUUGACACACUGGGAGCGCUAUUAUGCAGGCGUUUGAACCUGGAGGUUUGACACACUGGGAGCGCUAUUAUGCAGGCGUUUGACCUGGAGGUUUGACACACUGGGAGCGCUAUUAUGCAGGCGUUUGAACCUGGAGGUUUGACACACUGGGAGCGCUAUUAUGCAGGCGUUUGAACCUGGAGGCUUGACACACUGGGAGCGCUAUUAUGCAGGCGUUUGAACCUGGAGGUUUGACACACUGGGAGCGCUAUUAUGCAGGCGUUUGAACCUGGAGGCUUGACACACUGGGAGCGCUAUUAUGCAGGCGUUUGACCUGGAGGUUUGACACACUGGGAGCGCUAUUAUGCAGGCGUUUGACCUGGAUGCCUAUUUGUCUUGUUUUACAAUAUAUUAUUAUGUUGAAGAAAGGAAGAAGAAACGUAGAACCAUGACAUCAUCGCGACAUCAUCACGACAUCAUCGCGACAUCAUCACGACUUCAUCGUGACCUUUUUCGGUCCGGAGAGGCACUUCAGACGUCGCUGCUUUCUGUUGACCGUUUCCUUGACUUCCCGGUAGCAUUAUGUCCGGAGGUCGCUUUGGUAACACCACUGCAAUUCCCCCAGUUUGUCUCUCUCUACCUUACGUAGUACGCUUACUAUCCACACAUACACGUUAGCUAGCUAACGUUUUAAGUUUGAACCUAAGUCUUUGGCAUUAAGAUAUAUAUAUAGAUAUAGCAUAACAUUUGCUCAAUUAAACUAUUUUUAUUUGACUAACUAAUUCAAUCAUUAAUAGUCAAGUUUAAUGGUUAUUGCUUGCAUCCUGCAUGGCACCCGAUUCCCUUGAUAGUGCACUACUUUUCACCAGAAGUAGUGCACUACGUAGGGAAUAGGGUUCCAUUUGAUACGCAGAAAUAGUAUCGUUAGUAUAGUCAUUUCAUUCUGAUGUGGCCUUCGUCACAUAAUGAAACAUAAGUUUCAACUAAAAAGCAAAAGGCAAAGAUUUCAGUUAAAUGCCUUUAAUCACAUGCAGGUUGUUGUUGUUUUGUUUUUUUAGUCAAGGUUUCAACUUCCUAUAUUUAUUUUUUUUCUUCUUCGUUUUGUCGUAUAAGACGUCAUGUGACUUAUCCAGUUGGUUUGUCUUGAAAAUCACACCGGUAACACCGACCUGGCUGGAAGAAUGGGGGGAAAAAAAACGUGAUUAAACAUUACCUUACAUCGUUUAACUUUCAAGUGAAUGUAUUUUUUUACCACAUUUGCCAAAGACUUUAGUUCUUGUUCUUGUUUCGUCUAUUUACAGCCUGCAUACGUCUGCAUUGUGAGAGCAGUAUUAUAGGGAGAAAACACACGCAAAUUGUCCGUUACUGAAAGUACAUGUAUCAAUUCUAUGCAGAGCAGAGAACGGUCGUCAUUAUUAUGCAUAUUUAGCUGUAAAAACCCAUAGGAAGGUGAUUGAAUUUAUUUAAUGUUAUGUUAUUUACAAAACUGUUGAUUUAUUUGUAGAAUAAUUUGUGUAUAAUGUGAAAACACUUGACUUUCACUCUGUAAAUACAGUCAAAUAAUAUGUACAUCUCUGAUCAUCCGUAUUAUGCCCUCUCGUCCACUGGAGUCUCACUGGUUCAAUAAUAAAGUGUCUAAACUCUUCUAA